GCUGAGCUGUUGGAGCUUGCCGGCGCCGCCUACAAACUACUGAUACCCAUAUACGAGCACAUGAGAGCCUUCGACUUUCUCCAUGUGGCCUACGGACACUUGAGUGAGGUCUACCGGGACGUUAUCAAUGUGGUAGGUAGAUUACAUGGACAGCCGGUGAGCUAUAGUCGCCUAUAA